AAUGAAGAAAUACACAUAAAUCAGGUUUCCAAUCAAAAGACCCAUUGCAUCUGGAGCGUCAAAAGACUAAACUAAAGAUCGAGAAAACAUAAGAUGGGUUGUGGGAAAGUGUGGACGGCGAUGUUGGUGGCGGUGGUGAUGGCGGUGGCGAUGACGACGGAGGCCCAGCAGGUUCCGUCAUGCGCUAUGCAGCUGAUCCCUUGCGCGGACUACCUAAACGCCACCACCAAGCCGCCGCCGUCCUGCUGUGACCCCCUCAAAGAAGCCGUGACUAAAGAGCUCCCUUGCCUCUGCAACUUGUUCAAGGAACAAUCCCUCCUCAAGAGCUUAAACAUUAAUGUCACCCAGGCCAUGGAACUGCCCAAGCUUUGUGGAAUUCCCGGCGACAUCACUGCCUGCAACGCUCCAUCUCCGGGAUCUAGUCCGUCUCCGGGAGCUAGUCCAUCGUCCAUCCCACCUCCAGCAACACCGGGUGGAGAUAAUAAUAAUGGUGUGGCCGGCGGAACUCCGGCGAUUGCUAUUUCAAGCUUGUUGGUUAUGGCUGCUGCGAUGCUCUUUUGAUGCUUUGGUAGAUCAGAGAUUUCUUUGCUCCGGGACUGCACAUUUUACACAUAGUUUAUUAUAUUACAUCUUUUUAAAUCUACAUAUAUUGUAACUUUAUUUGGUUCCAAUAAGUGCAUGUUAUAUUGCCAUAAUUAUUUGGGCGCAUUUUGGCAAUGCGACUUACAUUUACUUUAAUGAUCAUAUAUAUAAUUAAAUUAUGCAAUUUGACUUCCA